AGGACGCAGGCAGAGCAACUAAAUACGGAGAAUUUGGAAUCAAGUGGACCGGACCGAUCGCUUCUCUGGCCAAGAUACAGAGUGAGAGAGAGGGUCCAAAAAAAAACAAAAACAACAACAACAACAAAGAAUGGCAGGAGCAAGCAGAUUGCUGAGGAUUAGCAGAGCUCUCCAAUCAGAUCACCACCCUCCCUCUUCCUCUUCCUCUUCUACUUCCAAUUCUUGUCGUCUCCCGCGUCCCAGGUUUUUGACUGUUGGAGGAGAGAAAAGCAUUCCACCCGGCUGCCAGGGGAAGAAGAGGGUGGCGGCCGUCUCUCCAGACGCCGCGGUGAUUUCACCUGAAAAGAAGCACGAGCCUUCUUUGUUCGAAAAGGGAAUGGAGAUUGUGGAUCUCUCAUCUUCUCGCAUAGCUCAGGUGGCAAGGCUGGCUCUGACACUCUUCGGUCCGCUGCCGCAGGAGGCUACAAAGGGCUUUUGUACUGCACAUUCCGAGAUGCUCGUCGAAACGGGGAUCGCGCGAUGCCAAUCCUUCACACUGAUCGCGGUUGCGGGAUCCCUGAUCGGCUCAGUCUUGUGCUUCGUUGAGGGUUGCUUCCUUGUUCUGGAGACAUUUUUUGAGUAUUUCCAAAUGAUAUCACAAGGGCUGGAUCAAGAAGGUAUCUUACAACUACUCAUCGAAGCCAUAGAUAUGUUUCUUGUUGGAACUGCCCUGCUUACUUUCGGGAUGGGGUUGUAUGUCAUGUUUUCUGGCUCGGCCAACACGAAACGGAAUAGAGGAUGGCAAAUUGCCGAAUCCAGCCUUGGCUCAUUUAACCUCCAGAAGCUUGCAAAGAGUAUGGAGAUGCAGUCCAUAAGAGAGGCAAAAUCAAGAAUUGGGCAUGCUAUACUUUUGCUGCUUCAAACAGGAGUGCUAGAAAAGUUGAAGAACGUGUCCCUGGCCAGUUGCUUGGACCUAGCUUGCUUUGCCGGAGCUGUAUUCGUCUCCUCAGCUUGUAUUUUCCUCCUCUCCAAGCUCACAACGCAACGAAGCAAAAGUACAUGGAUAUAAUUCAUCACAGGUUACCAGAUUAGGAAAACAACUGCAGGACUCUUCUCAUCGGAACAGGUUGCCCGGGUGAUAGAACAUAGGCUUGAAGACGACUGAGUGGUGGCGGUCGUUUAAAUUUAAAUCAUUCUUCUUCAAUCCAAAUUUAGUUUUCAUAGCAACGUAAUUAAUCAAUAGCUUUUUUCUUUUUUUUUUUUUGUUUAAGGGGUGGGAGUGAGGGGUGUUCGGGGGUUGAGAAAUUUGACAGUAACUGACGCAGUGAUAGAGCAGUUACAGAGAAAACAGAACAGAGAUGCCUUAUUUUUCUUGAUAGUUUUCUCCCAGCCUUCUUUUACAUCUAGAGACGAGGGAAGAUAAGCUUUUCAGAUGAACGUACUACAUCUGCAUAACCACAAUUCAGUACUGUUUACAUGGCUAAAAGAGUCAUGCCCUUUUUCCCUUCGCUUCUUGGUACAGUCCAUCGAUAAAGUCCUGGAAUCAUUAUUUCGCAUGAAGAGAAAUGAUGACAAAAAGGAAUUACAAAUGACAUAUAACAACUGUUAAUUACCAAGAAACCGAUGUAUCACGUUGAGUCUUCCUACCUUGUAAUAUUUGAGCAACUGCGGCCUCUUCAAUUUAAAGGUCGGAGUAAUCAGGUCUCUCUCAAUGUCAAAUGGUAUUGGUUCGAGAUGAACUGCUUUCAAUAGCUCAAAUCCUCUAAGCUGUGGUGAUCAAAUUUAAUGGCAAGUCAAGUCAUGACUCACA